CUUUGAGGUAUCUAGCCGCCUCUGGGAACUAUGCCUAAAGUAGUGUCCCGGUCGGUUGUCUGCUCCGACACCCGGGACCGCGAGGAAUAUGACGACGGCGAGAAGCCUCUCCACGUCUACUAUUGUUUGUGCGGCCAGAUGGUCCUGGUUCUGGAUUGUCAGUUAGAGAAAUUGCCCAUGAGGCCCCGGGACCGAUCCCGUGUGAUUGAUGCUGCCAAACAUGCUCACAAAUUUUGUAAUACAGAAGAUGAGGAGACUAUGUAUCUUCGGAGGCCUGAAGGCAUUGAACGACAAUACAGGAAGAAGUGUGCAAAGUGUGGACUACCACUGUUCUACCAGUCCCAGCCGAAGAAUGCCCCUGUGACCUUCAUUGUGGAUGGAGCAGUAGUGAAAUUUGGUCAGGGUUUUGGGAAAACAAAUAUAUAUACUCAGAAACAAGAGCCUCCAAAGAAGGUGAUGAUGACCAAACGGACUAAAGACAUGGGCAAGUUCAGCUCUGUCACUGUGUCUACCAUUGAUGAAGAGGAAGAGGAGAUUGAGGCUAGGGAAGUUGCUGACUCAUAUGCACAGAAUGCCAAAGUGAUUGAAAAACAGCUGGAGCGCAAAGGCAUGAGCAAGAGGCGACUGCAAGAGCUGGCUGAACUGGAAGCCAAGAAAGCUAAAAUGAAGGGGACCUUGAUUGACAACCAGUUCAAAUGACCAAGACUUUUCUCUGAGCCCAGACUGGAGGCAAGCAUUUAGAUCAAGAAGAAAAAUAACUUCUUGAUUACAUGGACUGGUUUCUGUUUAUUCCCUAGGAGGAGUCUUUAUUUUGCUUCCGAUUGAUUCUCUUGCAUUCAGUGAGGUCUUUGAGUCCAUUUGACCUGAUUUCUAGGAGAUGAAUUUUUCUAAGUCUUUACGUAGGUUUUAUGAACUAUUUUUUUGUCCAUUUGAUAUAAAAUUCUUCAGCUACAUAAAAACUUUAUGAAUAGAUUAGUGCUGAGUGUGUCUAGUUUCUAAAAUGACUUUUUAUUCCUUUUUCAGUUAAUAGAAUAUUGAAAGAUUUUUGGAAAAAUAUUAUGGUGUGUCAUAGAGAAAAGUAGCAUGAAUUAUAUGUAAAAUUACAGCAAGUCAUAUCCUUUUUAAGUGACUCUGUCUCUGGUCUUAUAAUGGCUCUUAGAAUUGGCAAUCUUUGUCCUAUCAGCAGAGUUCCAUUGAAAGUCAAAAUCUGCAUAAAGUUCUCUUUACUUCAAAUAUUAAGAGUUAUAGGUGAGCCAUACCAUAUCAGACUUUAUACUUAAAGAAGGAGAAGCUACAGGGCUGGGUAUAUUGCUCAGUCAUAGAGUGCAUGUGAGGCAUGUGUGAGGUCUGGGUUCCAUCCCCAGCACCACAUACGUGUGUACAUGCACACACACCCCAAAGUGAAAAGCCAGAUUGUGUAGUGAGAGAGUUGGUUAGCUCAGAUUUGAAUUAUAAAAGGAUCUUAUUAAGUAACCCAAGGGAGCUGCUAUCUAGUGAAACAGCUGGGUGUACUGCUUCUCUGUGUGGGUACAUGAAAUAAAUAAAAUUUUCUGCUAGGUAUUGUUUAUUUUA